CUGCUUCGUCAAGGGUACGGCAGUUGUCAGUGGUUAUUGAAAUACCCUGGUGUAGUGGAGUUAAUCGCUUUAAAAAGGCGAUGACUAAGAGCGAGUGUGGUAAAAGAUACCCGAAACGAUAUACAGACCAUAGAGGCAGGGGAAGAGGAACUUCGUAAUUUUUACCCCCGCUCCUUGAAAUGUAAACAAUAAGUAAUUCCUAUUGAAAGCCAGGAAUUUUGAGCUGACGGAAACAAUAAUUGAUUUUUUUUUUUCUGUGCCUGGUAAAUAAUUGUUCUGUAACAAUAAUAACCAUAAAAAGCAAACAGGCUGGAAGUCUGCUGGGCUUUCCCCACUCCCAUCCCCCCAAAAAGAGCAUUCUGUGUGCUGUGGGCAAAGGCAGUAUCCGGAAUUUCGUUGUUACAGUCUGGGGAAUACUGGGAAGGAAUUACAUUCUGCUGUGUUUAUGGAGUGGAGGCAUGUGUCCGUUCCUGGGAGGAAGCUCUGGAAUAAACUGUUAGGUUUCCUUGAACUUCCCUUCGGAGCCUUGGUCAUUGACGGGAGGGGGCUCUGAUCUGUUAGACCUCUUGGCUGUUAAAUUUUUUAACUUCUCCUUUUUUCCCCCUGGUAGUUUUAAGUCCUGCCCUGUUUGUGUUUGUAUUUUCCUGACAGAGUGGUUUUCUGCCCACUGUGUUUGUCGAUGCCGAUGUGUGUUACACUGAAUUUGAGUUGAAUCACUGGCGUUUAGAAAGUUAAAUAUUGUAUUAAUUUACAGGAUCAGGAUUUAACUGUCGAGACGGCUAAAGUAGCGUUAGAUGCUUCCUAUCCUCUCGCUAUUGGCUCCUCCCACUUAAAGUCUUUGAAAAUAGAGAUCUGUUUGCACUGGGAAAGAGGGAGCCCGUUCCCAGGAUCUCUGCAUCGUCAUUUCCUGAAGUAAUUUGUCUUAAGGAUUUUUCCUCAUGGAAUCCCGAUGCUAGUGUUGAUGCAUCCCUGCUUUUUAUUUCUUACUACCUUAGGCCCGAUUGAUUCCAACCCCAGCUGUGAUUUCUUCCCAUAAAUUCUUCCUGCUUUUGGUCAGUCACCAGACUGCUUUUGCCAAAAAAUACACGAAUAUUGUUCUGAUUUUUUAAAAUAAGAUACUUGCAUUGCUGUGCUCUCUGGCCUCUCCAUUUUAAACCUGGUCUUCUGAAAUAUGUUCUUUGUUCUCCUUGCCUUGCCUUCUUCCCUUCUUGGCCUUUUGCAAUCUUAGUUUUAUACUCUGUGCUGUUGAAAUUGUGUGUCUUUAAUUUGUCCCUGCCCAAAUUCCUGAGCUUUUUUCCCCCCUCUUCUUCAGCUUUCCUUGCUUGAUUUUUCUGUCAAUCAGUUUCAUAGAGCAAACCACAUUUUCAGUUUGUUUUCUUCUAUAUCCUUAUGCCUCCAUGGAUAUUCCUAUUCAAAAACUACCUCUUGAUGGUUCCACUUUCUCUCUUGACCCUUUAUUUUCUUUGAAUAUUAGGGUUAUUCCUUUGGUGUAUAUUUUUUUUCUACUGUGGCCAGUUUUCAGAUAACUGUAGCUGCUGUUUAUUUCAAAUGUUCAGCUGAUUAACCAGUCUUAUCUGUGCCUCCUGGACUCCUGUUUAUGGCAUGUCAGUAUUCAGAGGCCUCAGUAAAUUCUCCACAUGCAGUAAAACAGUUACUCAGGUGUCUGUCUGGAGCCUCAGGUGGUCAUGGGGGAGUGGGGCUGCCCCACACAGAACUGCUCACUCUGGUGUUCCCAGUGUCACACAUCUGCAGUUCAGACUGGUAAAGGCCAGUCCCAUCAUUUUCUCAUUUGCUUUUUGUGUUCUUUUUCUCCUAGUGCUAAGAGCUGUUACAUCUUUCACACCUUCUGAAUAUUUAAGGUCAUUAAACCAUGUACAAUCAUGAAAGCCUUUUUAGCUUUGGUGUUUUAAAAGAUUAAGUACAGAAUUAAAGGCUGUGUUGAGAGAUCAUGACAGUGAGCACUAUGACCACCCAAAACUCUGCCAGAAUCCCAGAAUAUUCUCAGUUGGAAGGGACCCACAAGGGCCAUGGAAUCCAGUGUUAGUGAAUAACCCAUACAGGGACUGAACCCAGAACCUUGGUGUUCUCCACACACUGCUCUGACCAGCUGAGCUAACUAUACUGUGUGGCUUUGGGUUGGGUUCUUUGUUUUAAUACUUGAAAGCUUUUCCCAAGCUCACUUCUUGCUUCCCUGUUUGUGUGUUUAGACCAUGAGACCCAAACACCUGGCUCUGGGUCCUUGCACAUCGAACUUGGAGUGUCUGGUACUUUCCUUGCACAUAUCUUUGUGAAGUGCUGAGUGCAAAGGCUUAAAAACUCUGCUUUUUUUUGAGAAAUGUUGCAGGAAGUAUCAGUAGUGGUUAAAGUCUCAAGUGCUGGACUUCUAGGAAUUCCCUUGGGAAGUUGCUCCACAAAUUAGUGCUCCUUAUGUCAUCAGCUUUUUCUCAGUGUGUAAUCUCUCUCGAGUGUAUUCUGUAAUGCUUUGUUAUGCUGCAGAUAUUAAUUCCAUAGUCAAGAUUGUGCCUUUAGUUUUAGAGAAUUGUUUUUAGGAGAAAUGAGUGCCAGCUACAUAAAUCAGCUAACAUUCCUGGGCUUCCACUGUGCUCCCAAAGCACGAGGCAUAAGCCAGCUCAUUUCCUUGUGAUCCCAUAGUCUUGUACACCAGCUCACAUAGCAGGGGGUGGCAGAAGUUUUUGGACCCACAUAGUUAUGAAGUUCUAAUUAAAGCUCUGAUUUGAGAUUCAGAUUGGCACACAUGGAGUUGCAGCAGUAGAAAGCCAAAAUGUAAAUACAGUAUGUCAGUGUAAGUCAGCUGAAUCAGUUCUGGGUGGAUUCAAGGUCUCCCUCUUGCCUCAUGAUGGGUGAUAAGGGUUCAGUUCUGUAGCUGGAACAACCGUGUGUGUAUUUCUAGGAUUUAAGUGUGAUCAUGUGACAAUUUCCUGGACAGUGCUGUAGGUAAUACAUCAUCCUUUUAUAGGGAUGUAUAGGACAAUAUUUCCUAGAGCUUUUAAAUCUUGAAAAUAACUGCUCCCAAGUGUGCAUUAGGCAGAAGGGCUGUGCCUUGUGUGUUUCGAGGAUGUGAAAUUCAAGUUUCAGCCCCUGAAAUAAAGAGAUUAUUAUAAAAUUGCACGCUAAUGCCACAUUUAGUUUAAAAAUAGCAUAGUAGAAUUUAUGCAAUAAACUUCUAUGUUUUAAAGGUGCUGUCUAUUGGGAUAAACAUCUUAGCAGUGCCGUUCUCUGGUUCAGAUACCAUGCAGGUAACUGCGAAUCAUUGGUCUUUUCAGCAUUAACAGCCUUCUCUGCAAUUCAGUUGAGAUGCUUGUAAGAGAUACGAUUACCAGUCAGAUCAGUUUAGCUUUUUAUCCAUAGAAAACUUCAUCGUGGAAUCUCUGAAAGAUACUUCAAAGGCAUGUGAAAGAUUGUUAUUGCUGAUUGAGAGAGUUCUUGGAAGCUGGCAGGGCUGCAGGACAAUGUUUUAUGCUUGGCUGGGAACCCAGCUGGUGCUGGAAAAUACAGGAUGAGAAUACAGUUCUUGUCUUAAACAUCCUGUAAUCCCAGUAAGGGGAUGUGAGACAACAUGUGGCUUUAGGGAGAUUACAGGGUGGGGGGAGGAACAAAGAAACCCAUGGCAGCACUGACUGGUCCCUCACAGAGCCCCAUCCGGUGUUCACAGGCAGCUCUCCAUAAUUUUAGCCAAGGCUAAAAGGCUCAGUGGUGCAGUAGCAUUGUGGAAGCAACUCCCAGGCAUGGGCAAUGGCAUGGAUUGCCAAAUAAAUUAAAAAAAAACUGUUGACUUUUGUUUUUCUAUAUAAAGAUUAGUGUAAGGAUGUUAUUUCCCUCCUGCUCCUGUGUAGAAGCACUAGCCUGUUUUAAGAGUUUUAUACUGCCAAAGUAAGUCGAAUGGAGUUUAUAAUAUAAUUACAUAUUAUAAUCAAUUAUACUUAGCACUAGAUCUGAAAUGUCUACAUAGUUGGUGGCAUACAGUUCUCCACUUUGUGCCACUCUGUCCAUGUGAAGGCUUCUCCUCUUCCUCACCUCUCUCUGAGCUAAUUCUCCUUUGCUUCUGCAGUCCCUGUGUCCCCCAGUGCCCUUUCCUGGUCGGCUGCUCUUGGGGUGUGGUUCCAGGUCCCAGUGCUGUGGGCUGCACUCUGCCACUGGGAAAUGGUGUGAACUGGGCCUGGACAGUUGGACUGAGCUUCCCUCAGAGAAGGGGAGAUACUUUAGUGACACUUAACAGAUGGAAACUUCCAGGAAAAUUCAGUUUCCUGUCACAGACAUGGAAUAAGGGAGAAGAAACAAAUUCCCAUUAUAAUAAAAGUUAUAUGGAUGAUCCUGGAGUUUCCGUUUGGGAUGUGAGCCAUGGCUGAGUUGAACUUGGAUAACAGAGUUCUACAGCGAAAAAAGUAAGUUUUUAAAGUUUUGUGAUGGAAAAGUUUAGCUUAGAUCUUCUUCCUUGUCCAUUUUCCCUAGGUUGAGGAGAAUGAAGGCUGAUUUAUGAUCUCUGCUGUCAUAUCAGAGUUGCCUUUUGUGUUUGAAAAUUGGUCUGGUGCUGUGAGGUUUUUUAGGUAUUUUCUCCAUAGACAUUUUCUUCUUUCCUCUUUCCAGUUAUGAGAAAUGCUGUAAAUAAAACUACUGAUAGUUUUUAAAAGUACAUGAUUUUCCCCUUAAAAAUGUCAUGAAUGGUUGCCAAAACACUUCUGAAUUUGUGAAGAAUGUGAAAAAUCAUCUCUGAAACAACCAUCAGGGAGCAUGGACUAGGGGAUUAAGUACCUGUCAAAUACCUUCUGCUGCAGGUAUUCUGUGUGUGCUUAGUCUAGGGAGCAGUUGUCUAUGAAAUGUCCAGUCUCACAUCUCUGUAUGCACCAGUUUUUACUCGAGAACAUGUUGGGUGAUUUCCUCUUAAAAUCUCCCUACUCAACUUCGUUUCCCUUUCCUGUUUUCAAACCCUGUGUGUGGCUCCUGGGAGAACUGCUUUGUCAAGGUUGUCUGCAUUGUACUGCAGAAGUUUUGAUAACAGAAAGUUCUGCCAGUAGAAUUCAAAUGGGUUUCUAAACUAAAAAUACUCCUCUGCCUUAGAAGAAAACUGAGUAGGAAGAGAAGUAGCUGUGGUCCCCUCGGUGGCAGCUGGUUGGCAGUGGCUUCCAGAGAAGGAAAUUUGCUACAAGACCCUAUUGCUCCUACCAACUCCAAUUGUCAGCAUUAUGUCUGCAAAACGUGUAAAGGCAAGAAGAUGAUGAUGAAGCCCUCGUGUAGCUGGUGCAAGGACUACGAGCAGUUUGAGGAGAACAAGCAGCUGAGCAUCCUGGUGAACUGCUACAAGAAGCUGUGCGAGUACAUCACGCAGACGCCGCUGGCCCGGGACAUCAUCCAGGCCGUGGAUUGCUCUGCAGACCUGCUAGCUCUGCUCAAGGAUGGGGCACCGCUCCACGAGGAGACGGAGAAACCCUCGGAUGCAGCCUUGGCUCUGUGUCUGACGCAUUCCCCAGUCCCUUCCACCUCGGAGCUGGCGACGGACACGCCGGGGGGGUUCACGGCGCUGCCCGAGAGCACCCCCAACCUGGACCUGCGGGGCUCCGUCAUCAACGGGCUGCCCCCCUGCAACGGGCUGUCGGUGGAGAAGCUGGGCGUGAGCAUCCCCUCUCCCGAGCACGCCAGCGCCAUCGAUGUGUGCAGCACCGGGGAGUACAUCAAGACGGAGGACAUCCCCGGCAGCUUGCAGCCCGUUUGUGACACGGUGGCCACCAGCGACCUGUGCCCCGCGGGCAUUGACAUCUGCGGCUUCAGCGAGGACAUCAAGCCGGGCGGGUCGCUGCUGCUCAGUGUCGAGGAGGUGCUGCGCAGCCUGGAGACCGUGUCCAGCAGCGAGGUGUGCGACUCCAACCUGCAGCCCGGCUUGGAGGCAAACAUGGCCAACGGCCCCUUCCUGCAGCUCUCCCCCCCUCCCCUCAGCCAUAACAUUUUCAUGUCCACAGAUGCUUCUCCUCACGGGCUCUCCUGCACGGCAGCCACGCCCAAGGUGGCAAAGCUGAACAGGAAGCGCUCUCGCUCGGAAAGCGACAGUGAGAAGGUUCAGCCUCUGCCCAUCUCCAGCAUCAUCUGCGGCCCAACACUGGGAGCCUCGGCUCCCGUGACAGUCAAACAGGAAAAUAAAAUGUCUUUGCAGCCUAUUGCGACUGUACCUAAUGGAGGAACUACUCCCAAAAUCAGUAAAACUGUGCUUCUGUCUAACAAAAGCAUGAAAAAGAACUUAGAACAUGCCCCUAAGAAAUCCCACCCGAAAGCCAAACCAGGGGUGCUGAAAACAAAAGACAAGGCAAAGGAGAAAGUUCCCAGCAGUAACGUUAUGCCAGGAAGCCCAACAAAAACUGUGUAUAAAAAGCCACAAGAAAAGAAAGGGUGUAAAUGUGGUCGUGCCACCCAAAAUCCAAGUGUUCUUACAUGCCGUGGCCAACGCUGCCCUUGCUACUCUAACCGCAAAGCCUGCCUUGACUGCAUAUGCCGUGGCUGCCAAAACUCCUACAUGGCUAACGGGGAGAAGAAGCUGGAGGCCUUUGCAGUGCCAGAAAAGGCCUUGGAGCAGACUCGGCUUACUUUGGGCAUUAAUGUGACAAGCAUUGCCGUGCGCAAUGCCAGCACAAGCACCAGUGUAAUCAAUGUGACAGGGUCACCAGUAACGACGUUUUUAGCUGCCAGUACACACGAUGAGAAAAGUUUGGAUGAAGCUAUAGACAUGAGAUAUGACUGUUAAACCUUUCUUUCUUUUCCCUGCCAUCCGUAGGGGAACUGCUACAGGUUCAAGGCAGCUAUGGUUCUGUUUAACUUGCUGGAGCUCCUGCGUUUAGAUCACUUGUAUCAAGUGUUUUUCAUUGCUAUGUUCUGUGUAUUAGUGUCUGGGAAAUAGUUGCAGAUAAUGGAGGAGUUACCCUAAAACUGUUUUUAGUUCUUACAGCACCUCAUAGUUUGAGAUCGAUUGCUGAUGUAAAUGAUUUUAUCACAAGAUCUUUUGACAAGGAAUAUAUUGACCUCAUUGUACUUGCUCGUGCUUUGUGCUCGGUCAAAGCUUCAGCUUCAGCGUAGCAUCCAGAUAGUGCAUCUCAACUGUGCUAGAUGAUGGUGUAAAAAAAUAAUUAUUGGAUGGGUUACAGUCAUCAUGAGCAGGAAAUGACCUGACAUUCCUGUGGGAAAGG